AUGGCCUACUCAAGCUACGAGAUGUCUUCGGCCCCUGAGCCUAUGGAACCUCUCUCGCAUUCACCCACCAUCGCCCAUCAUCCUUGGUCCUCACAACAAGAACACCAACUGCGUGGCCAAUCAUCGUCUUCAACACUGAUCCAGCCAGCUUCCGCCGACUCUCCGCAUUUCCGUACGAAGUUCAUUCAAGAACAACAACAUGGAGAUUACUGGGAACAUCCUGCCUUGCAGCCAUCAGGGUCGACAUUUACAAACAUGGACAAACGCGGGUCUACGUCACCGGCUCCCUUUGCACCUGAAGAGGUACACGAGGAUGUUAGCGCCGUCGUUCGAAGCCAGUUACAAGAGUAUGGACUGCUUGACGCGCAAGGAAGGAAGACACUCAAGUUUUGGACGCUCAUCUUGGCGUUUGCUGUUACGGUGAUGCUCACCGCACUCGAUAUGACCAUGAUCUCGACAGCUUUGCCUUCCAUCGCCAGAGACCUGCCGACGUCGUCCAUCGCCGGUGGUUGGGUGACGUCUUCCUACCUGCUCACCGUCACCGCGUUCCAACCGAUGUUCGGUGGAAUGUCGUGCGUGAUUGGUCGCCGCUGGUCGGUCGUGUUAGCAGUGAUCCUCUUCAUUGGUGGAAGCAUCUUGUGCGGCUGCGCAAAUAGCAUCCUACUGCUCGUCGUUGGACGUGGUGUCCAAGGUAUCGGUGGUGGUGGCAUUCAAGCCAUUUGCGAAAUCACCAUCUCGGACAUCACCACCCUGCGCGAGCGAGGUUUCUUUGUCGGUAUCUUUGGAUUGGUGUUCGCCGUCGCCUCGUUCAUCGCACCCGUUCUUGGCGGCUACUUUAGUGACCAUGACUGGCGCUGGAUUUUCUGGAUCAAUAUUCCGAUCGGCACCAUAGCACUCUUGAUGCUCAUCCCGACCAUCAACCUGCCUGUUCCCUCGAUGCCGCUCAAGACUAAGAUCGCAAAGAUGGACAUUGUUGGCAACAUGGUAUUGUUGGGAAGCGUGAUUGGCAUUCUGAUUGCGGUCACGGAUGGCGGUGUGUCGCAUCCGUGGUCGAGUGCACGCAUCUGGGCACCCAUGGCUGCCGGUAUGGCUGGCUUCUUGCUGUUUCUCUUGAUCGAGUUCGUGCCGAACCGGCUCAGCCCGUAUCCUGUGCUGCCAGCAAGGCUGUUUAGCAAUCGUACGGCAUGUUCUGCUUUCCUCAUGACGUUCCUGCACGGCAUCGCAACGUAUGGCGCCAUAUAUGCGCUUCCGAUCUACUUUCAAGCGAUUCGCGAUGAGAAGCCGCUCAAGUCGGCGGUCUCGACGUUUCCGUCGACCGCUCCCACUGCUCCAUUUGCCAUUGUAGCCGGAAUUAUCAUGUCGAUCACGGGCAAGUACAAAGACCUGACGUACAUCGGAUGGGCUUUCACCGCCGGUGGAUUCGGCUGGAUGACGCGCUUCCAGACAGGAACGUCCGAGUGGGAGCUCAUCGUAGCCCAGGUGGUUGCAGGUGUUGGUGUGGGUAUUCUAUUCGCUAUCACCUUGCCUCCAAUCCAGGCAAGUUUGCCCAUCCAAGAGCUCGAAACGGCCACAGCGACGUAUGCCUUCUGUCGUUCGUUCGGCGCCAUUUGGGGUAUCGCCAUCACCACUUCAUUGCUCACGGCGGACGUGAGUGCCAAGUUGAGCUCUAUUCCUCAAGCGGCUCAAAUGGGCUUGACAGGUCCAACAGUGUUGGGUUACGUCGAAAACAUCAAGCACCUCCCCGAAACCAUUCGCGAGCCUGUAAGGCAGUUGUACGCCGAUGGACUGCAGAAGGCCAUGUUCGCCUUCAUGCCCGUGAUUGUGCUAGGUUUUGCCUGCUGUUUCUGGAUCAAGGAUCUGCCAUUGCCAGAUUUCAUCCGUAGCAACGAAGAUGAUGAAUCUUCAACCCAAACUCAACAGCAGCACCUUCAGAAGCAAGAGGCAGCUUUCGAACAGCUUCAAUUGCAUGGCUCAUCAACUACACCGUACGAGCAGUACGCGGAAAAGAACUCAGCUGGAGACUCCCCAGGUAAUCCGCAUGAUGACACGCUUGUUGGCUCCGCCUCGUCUCAGCAUUCACAUCGCUCCAAUCGGGAGCAUACCAUCGUGCACACCACUUUCGACGCCGCAGCAGCAGCAAAGCGCGAAGCAUUGGCACAACAAACCACAUACGAGAUCGGCUACGCCUUGAACACCGUUUCCUGCGUCAGAAGAUCGUCCGAAGCGACAAGCAAUUACGAUGACGGGUAUGGCGGAAUCGUGAUUCCUGAAAAGGCGUACUUCUAG